CACCUCCAAACCCACCACCUCAUACCAAUCUACACCCCCAACCCCAAACAAAAUGUUUCCCCACCCGCCCUACGCCGAAGACCAACCCCUAGCCCACCUAAUCCUCACCACGCACGUCCUCCACCGAGGCUUCCAACUCGGGACCGGAAUCGGGUUACUCGUCGGCACCGCCCGAGCCCUGUUCUUCUCCUCCCGCUCAUCUUCAUCUCUACCGAAGCCUGUCACUGCGCGCUCAACACCAACGAACACGAAACUCGUUACCCGUCUCACCCAAGUCCUCCGCCCCUCCGCGCUGGGUGGUCUGGGUGGUCUCGCGCUGUUUUCUCUUCUUCUGCCGGUUCAUAUGUGGGGCAAGGAGAUUAUUGAAUGGCAGGAUCGCAGUUGGCGGUUGUUGGAGAAUCGGGGACAGGUGGUGGUGGAUUGGUGGAGUGUGGGGGGGAUGGUGUUGGGGGUGGGUGUGGUUGCUUUGGGGUUGGGAGCAAGGGGGAGGAACUUAGGGAAGAGGGAGAGGGCGUUGCGAGUGUUGGGGGGUGCUGGGGUGGGGAGUUUGGGGGGGGUGCUUGGGUUGAUGGGGUGGAGGGUGUUGAGCGGUAGUAAAAGAUAG